AACAAAACCGUCACUAAUUCAAAAAUAUCAAAUAACAGACGUUGAUUGGCCCACUUCAUGUCAUUUAAACCGCCUUUUACCCACGCUUCGAGGUUACGCGUAAGCAUCAAACCGGUAGUAGUGACUAGUGUUUCCCUUAAACUCCAGAAAAGCCAGAGGGCGCUUGACACAACAUACGAGGAGGGAAAUUUGAAUUUUUAUCACGAUGGAGAAUCUCCAUUUCAUGGUUGAGUGUUUGAAAGAAUACAAUUAUUCCCGAAUACACCAAAUGGCAGAUAAAGAAAUUAUCGAAAUUUUUGGUACUGUUAAUAGAUCGUUCCUCGUGUCAUGGAUUUUGAAACAAAUGGAUGAUCGUUUUGUUGAGAUUUGUGAGAAUGCAAAUAAAGAAAAAUUGGCAGAUAUAAUCUAUUGUUACGGAUUUUGUAAUGCUAAUGAAAAGAAUCAAUUUAUGAACGGAGAGUGUGACUCCACAAAACAGUUUCUGAUACUUACCAACAUGUUUAACGCCUUAAAGACUUUUUCCGGGACCAAAACUGUUGAUGUUGAUGAUAGCACCUUUUCCUCCAACCACAUUCAAAAUCUUCUAAACUUUAAUGUAAAUUUAUUUCCAACUUAUGGACCAACAGAAACCCUAAAUCCUACUAAACGUGCCAACAAAGUUCAAGAAUAUCACCAAGAAAUUUCAAACUUAAAAGCUCUUCUCAACUCAUCAAAUCAAAAUCAAAAUAUUUCAGUUGAUCCACUUUUGAAAAACCAAUUGGAAGAGGCAGUGAAACAACUAGAGCACACUUGUCUCGAUUUUAGGAGGAAAACUCUUAGUUUGGUACAGCACAGACCCGACAGGGAAGCGGAAAAAGUUAAUUUUCCGGAAGACUUCCUGGAAGUACUUGAAGCGUGUUAUCAAAAAUUUGAAAGGGUCUUUGAGUUUAUGAAGAGUUUGAACACUGUUCUGGCUUUCAAGGGAGAAAAUCUUAGAGUGGAAAAUGUUGAAUGUGAAAAUAAAAACACAGAAAUGUUAAGAGAACUUGCAGAAUUGUGCAACGAAAUUAACGCAAUGAAGGGGGAGGAUUGAAACAAUUUUUUACUUUGCAUUUUUUAAUAAAGUUAAAGAUAAUUUUUUUCUUAAA